AGGCCGUCCAUUUCGUGCCCCCUGCGCACGUAAGCACCGAUCUUUACGUAUCACGGGCCCGUUCUGGCGAAAUAUAUAGCCCCGUUUUAAUCCAACGGCUCAAAAUCGCAAUGCGCACUCGAUAAAGCCGUGCAUCCACGCGGCGCACGAUAGCUCUCCUCCCCUGAAAAUCCUUAUCGUUCUCCCCAGGGAUGCGCGUUACUCCCUCCCCGCCAGUUUCUCAGUUUCUCUCUCUCUUUCUUUAAUUUUCUUGCCGUUAUUGACCGUUAAAUAACGCACUUUUCAGAUUCUUAGAUCGGACCCAGGUUUUUUAUCUGUGAUUUCAUCCAUCUGUCAAGCAAACAAUGUCAGAAGGGACAAGUGUAGUGAUGGAAUCUUCUGAAAAUGGCACAGAUUAUUCUCAGGAUGAUAUUGACACCAUAGAGGGAACGCCUGACAACACAAUUUUGUCACGACAAACUUCUGUGAACCUUGUUCCAUUUAUAGGCCAAAGAUUUGUUUCCCAAGAAGCCGCUUAUGAAUUUUAUUGCAGUUUUGCAAAACAAUGUGGCUUUUCAAUUAGACGUCAUCGUACUCGAGGCAAGGAUGGGGUUGGUCGAGGAGUUACAAGAAGGGAUUUCGCUUGCCAUCGUGGUGGAUAUCCACAGAUGAAACCAUCAGAAGAUGGAAAGAUGCAGAGAAAUCGUAAAUCAUCACGCUGUGGUUGUCAAGCGUAUAUGCGCAUUGUUAAGCGGGCAGACUUUGAGGUCCCUGAGUGGCGGGUUACAGGCUUUAGCAAUGUCCACAACCAUGAACUGUUAAAACCACAAGAAGUACGUCUCCUUCCUGCCUAUUGUACCAUAUCUCCAGAUGAUAAGAUUCGGAUCUGCAUGUUUGCAAAAGCUGGAAUGUCAGUGCGGCAAAUGUUGAGAUUAUUGGAGCUAGAGAAAGGUGUUAAGUUGGGGUGUCUACCAUUUACAGAAAUAGAUGUGAGAAAUCUUUUACAAUCUUUUAGAAAUGUUGAUAGAGACAGUGAUUCCAUUGAUCUUAUUGCAAUGUGCAAGAAACUGAAAGAUGAAAAUCCUAACUUCAAGUAUGACUUCAAAAUAGACGGCCAUAACAGGCUGGAGCAUAUUGCAUGGUCUUACGCUUCAUCAAUUCAAUUGUACGAGGCAUUUGGAGAUGCAAUAGUUUUUGACACAACCCACCGCCUAGAGGCCUAUGAUAUGCUAUUUGGCAUUUGGCUUGGAGUGGACAAUCAUGGAAUGACAUGCUUUUUGGGUUGUGUGCUGCUACAGGAUGAAAAUUUGCAGUCUUUUUCUUGGGCACUGAAGACAUUUUUGGGCUUCAUGAAAGAAAAGGCUCCACAGACAAUAUUAACUGACCACAACAUGUGGCUGAAAGAGGCUAUUGCUAUUGAAAUGCCUGAAACCAAACAUGCCUUUUGCAUUUGGCACAUCAUUGCAAAGUUUUCAGAUUGGUUUUCUGUAUUACUCGGAUCACACUAUGAUGAUUGGAAAGCUGAGUUUCAUCGGCUCUAUAAUCUGGAAUCGAUGGAAGAUUUUGAAGGGGGAUGGAGGGAAAUGGUGAAUAAAUAUGGACUCCAUGCAAAUAAGCAUAUUGUCAGCUUGUAUGCAUUACGGACAUUUUGGGCUUUAUCAUUCUUGCGUCGGUACUUCUUUGCGGGAAUCAUGAGCGCAUAUCAGUCAGAGUCGAUUAAUGCUUUCAUCCAACGGUUUUUGAGUGCAGAGUCUCAACUGGAUUGUUUUGUAGAGCAAGUAGCUUAUAUUGUUGAUUUUAAUGAUCGGAUUGGAGCAAAGCAAAAGAUGCAACGGAAACUGCAGAAAGUCAGCCUCAAAACUGGUUCACCAAUUGAAUCCCAUGCUGCCACUCUUCUUACUCCCUACGCCUUCAGUAAACUCCAAGAGGAGCUUGUGUUGGCUCCGCAGUAUGCCUCUCUUCAGGUUGAUGAAGGUAGUUUCCAGGUCAGACACCACACUCAGAUGGAUGGAGGGUGCAAAGUGAUAUGGGCUCCUUGUCAAGAGCACAUUAGCUGUAGCUGCUAUCAGUUUGAGUUUUCAGGCAUCCUCUGUAGACAUGUUCUACGCGUCCUGUCAACUAAUAACUGUUUUCACAUUCCAGAUCAAUAUCUACCCACCCGUUGGCGCAGUGUUUAUUUAUCUUCCACCAACCCCUUCCGGACUGCAACUACUAGAGAGCAUUCUGAGAAGAUUCAGUUAUUAGAGUCCAUGGCUUCAACCCUUGUAACGGAAUCAAUUGAAACGGAGGAACGCCUUGAUGUUGCUUGUGAGCAAAUUGCCAUGAUGUUAUCGCGUAUUAAAGAACUUUCUAGGUCAACACAUGGCAUGAAUGACAUUGCCUAUAAUUGUCCAUCUGACUCGUUGCUUCUUCCAGAGGUGGAAGAUGCAGAUGGAAUUGUUCAGAGUUUUACCAUUGGGAAUCCUCAUGAUUCUAUCACUUUAGGAAAGCUUAAAGAGAGAAGGCCAAGGGAUGGAGUUGAUAUUACCAGAAAGAGGAGGCAUUGUUCGGGGCCUUGCUGUGGGCAUUUUGGACAUGAUGGAUCCGCUUGUUCAGUAAUGGGAGAUGAUGAUUUGCAUGGAGAUGCACUAGGGUAUUUGUAGUGCGACACUGGAAAUGGUAUUAGAUGUACAAAGCAAUAGUAUCACCUUUGUUAGUGACCAUUGCCUUUCCAAGGGUCCUUUUUUCUUUA